AUGAAGCUUCUGGUCUUAUUUGCGGCAAUCGUUGCUACAACAUCUGGAGCUCUUCAGGGCUACAAUCUGCCCAGCCCUAAAGAAUCCGGGCUGCUUGCUGCUCACGGACAUGCUGCAAACUCUGGUCAUUCUAUUGGAGUAUCAGGACAGACCUCUACUGGUCAUUCAUCAGGACAUUCUACUUCCAUUCAUUCAGCAGGACGUCCACACUCUACUGCUUUUGGUAGCAGUACACUGGCAGCUUCUGGGAAUUCUGCUGGUUCCAUAUCACACGCUUCACCUGACACUGUCGUUUCUGGAACUGCUGAAUUCGCGGUCUCUGGAAUCUCUGCAGUUUCAGGAGCCUCCACGAGUUCUGGAAUCUCCUCAGGAUCCGAGGUGUCUAUUAGCACUGGAUUAAGUGGACAAGGAAGUUUCGAAACACCAUGCAAGGAUGGAGAGGUGCGCCAUAUUGACGGCUCAUGCAUCGUUCCCGAAAUCACACGGAAAGUUUUCGUCGUGUCUGUACCAAGACAGGCGCCACGACCAACUGACUCUCUUCCAGAUGUUCCACCACCAAGAGUCGACCACAACAUUCUCUUCGUGCGUCUUCCCGAAGGAGGUGUUGGACCUGAUCCUAUCGUUGUACCUCCACCAAGGCAAGACAACAUCGUAUAUGUCCUCAGUAAGAACAGUCAGAAUGGACAACGUGUCAUCGAAGUCCCAGCUCCUCCUCCAUCCGAGCCUGAAAUUUAUUUCGUCAACUACGAUGACGGCGAAAACCCGACCCUUCCUAAUGGUGUGGAUCUUCAAAGUGCUCUUGCUUCAGCACUUGAAGCUAAUGGUCAAGUAAUUGCUGAGGGCCUCGGAGAUAGCCUUGCCGGAUCAGGAGGAAUCGGUGGUGCCGUUGGUAUCGGAAAUGUAGCUGGUGUUACCUCUGGAACUGGUGAGAAUACGUUCACCAACAGCAACACGGGAGCUUCUGCUUCAGGUAGUACCUCUCAGGUUGGCGGGACCAUUACAGGUAAUACCUAUUCCUCCCCUUCUACAAAAUCUACAGCACCCAUUAGCGGAUUAAUCCAAUCUGGCGACCAUUUCCAAGGCACUCAAGGUGCUAUAAACCCAUCUAAUAUCCACAGUUCAACUUCAGCAGCAGGUUCAUUUACUACCGCUGGUAAUACUGGAUCCUUCCAGUCAGGUGGUAUCUCUACGGGUUCACAGUUCACAGUAACCACUGCAGGUUCACAAUUCACAGGAACCACAACUGGUAAUAUUCCACUCUCUGUAAGGCCCACACCAUCUGGCUUGUAUGUAACCCCUUAA